GCGGUACCAGGAACGGCGGCAAAAGAAGUGGCUCCUCCUGAAGUCAUCGAGUCUGCUCCACCAGCUACUGCGACAGCCUUGACAUCUGAGGUCCAACCGUCUGAACAGACAAUCCCGUCCACCGAAUUUCCUCCCCACUUCCCAACCGGCGAAGUUCGAAUCCAAUUGCCCGUGGAGGAGAGUGAUUAUGAAGAUGGAUGA